CCGCGUGUGCGGGCUAUUAUUGUAGCGGUUGCUUGGCGGUGCCGGCAGUAUCAGCGGCAUAGCUCUCCCACGGGACUGCCAGGGACGUAGAGAGCAAAAAAUAGCAGCAAGGAGAUGCGGGCGGCGAGCGCUGCGCGCCACUCACACAUUUGGCAAAAUGCCCUUGUAGUCUUACUUCUCUCACCCUCGAGCUACUCUGCAGCCCUCACUAGCACUAAUAAUUGAAUUCAGCAGACACAACCAAAAAGGUGACUGAGUUACUGGAAGGUAUGGCGAGAAGCAAUGAGGUACAUUUGGUGAAAAUGGUAUUUGCAAACAUAUGCGAAAUCUGAGUUUUCAGUCGUGAUGCUAAAUCAACAACCUCGAGCUGGAGGAAAUUGACUCUACAGACACGCGCGAGCUCUUCUCAGCGUCCAAGCCUGAUGGUGAUUGCAACCGAGGUUCCCGUGGCAGGGCCGAGGCUGAGCAGGUAUGCUCUUGGGGGAGUGUAGAUGUACCAGUAGGCUACUGGAGGCUCUGUGUGGCAGGAGGAGGGUGAGGGUGUCGAUCAUGAAGCUUCCCUGCUCCUUCUACUGCUCCCUCUGGUUCCUCCUGCUCUUGGGGGCCGGGUCUUUACUCCUCCUCGUACACCUCCAGGACCUCUCAGACAUGCUCCAACAGCAGACCCCAGGUGCAAAGUUGAUGGUUGCUCCAAGGUGGCCAAUUCCAAAGGAGCAGUCCUUUGACAGUGCAGUCGUUAUAGGCAUCAACCUGGGUGGAGGUUUCCAUGGAGCACCAGGGGUAGAGAUUUCCUCUAACCCCAGCCUCCCUACUCCUAGCCCCAGACAACCUCCAGCCUUCCAGUGGCUGCCCCACCCAGCCACCCCAACCACUGGGGACCAGCAGGCCGAGAGCACCGGGCAACCCCUCACCAAACGCCACAGGAAGCUGCUGUUAAAGAGCGGGCCUGUAACCCCUAGUGGUGCGCGCUCUGGUGAAGAGGACAGUCGGCUACAGGGCCUGGCGCAAACCCAGGCGUCCCGUCGCCGCCUGCUCAGGGAGGUCUGCGCCAAAUACCAGCCGGGUGUCACCGAGCGCCCAGUGUCCCGCCGGCAGGUGUCCCGCGUCUACGUGGAGGACAGGUCAGGCCUUCUGUACUGUGAGGUGCCCAAAGCCGGCUGCUCCAACUGGAAACGGGUGCUGAUGGUCCUGGGCGGCAGCGCCACCUCCACGCACAUCAUCGCCCACGACGACGCCCACUACGCCAACCAGCUCCGCCGACUGGACGCCUUCGACCAGGCGGGCGUGGCCGAGCGCCUCCGUUCCUACACCAAGGUCCUCUUUGUACGGGAGCCCUUCGAGAGGCUGGUUUCCGCCUUCCGCGACAAGUUCGAGAGCCCCAACUCGUACUACCACCCAGUGUUCGGCCGGCCCAUCAUCUCCCGGUACCGGGCCAACGCCUCACGCUCCGCCCUGAGGACCGGCGCCGGGGUCACCUUCAGAGAGUUUGUCCAGUACCUGUUGGAUGUGAGGCGGCCCGUGGGCAUGGACAUCCACUGGGAGCCGGUCAGCCAGCUUUGCAGCCCCUGCCUGCUGCGCAACGACUUCAUCGGGAAGUUCGAGAACCUGAAGGAGGAGGCCAACUUCCUGCUACGGAGCAUCGGGGCACCUAGAAACCUGACUUUCCCUGACUUUAAAGACAGGAACCCAAAGGCAGAAAGGACUUCCUCCUCCAUCACCCAGAGAUACUUUGAACAAUUGAACUCCACAGAAAGACAGAGGGCCUAUGACUUUUAUUACAUGGAUUAUCUGAUGUUUAACUACCCCAAGCCCUUUAAAGACCUGUACUGAGGUACUGGCUGGAUUGCCCGGUUGAGGUUAUUAAUAUGAACACUACGGAAGAGAUUAUUAUCCUGUGGGACUUGAAUAAGCACUACAGGCACAUUCAUGUCAAAUAUUAUUUUUACAGGUCUUAUUUACAAAUGGCUAAAAUAAUGAUUUAAUGUAAUUACUUUGGACAUAGGUUGUAGGCCUACAGCUUUUUUAUCAUAAAGCUUUGUAUGGUGUGUCAAAUGCAUUUGCAUUGAUUGGCAGACCAGUGACUUCUAUGAAGUGACCUGUACUUUGGGUAAAGAAUGAGUGAUCUGUUAUUGUUAUUGUUUUUCAGCCUUGUUUACGUGAAGGUAUACUUUCUGGUCCUCUUCAAUAAUGUGUAUUCUUAUUCUGCAGGCUAAGUUCAUGAAAAGAAGAGAAAGAGAGAGGCUAGAUAUACUCUCCCAGAGCAAAGGCUUGUGUUUGCAGAUACUGUAACGGAUUUCAUAGCUACUGCUUACUGAUGAGAAAUCAAAUUGAAUAUAAUUCAAUUUGAUUUCAAAACCACACUUGCUUUUAUUCAAUUUUUAUUUAACUAGGCAAGUCAGUUGAGAACCAAUUCUUAUUUACAAUGACUGCCAAACGUUUGGACACACCUACUCAUUCAAACAUAUUUUAGAUUCCUCCUUUCCUGUGGCGGUCCUCAUGAGAGCCAGUUUCAUCAUAGCGCUGAUGGUUUUUGCGACUGCACUUGAAGAAACUUUCAAAGUUCUUGAAAUUAUCCGGAUUGACUGACCAUAAAGUAAUGAUGGACUGUCAUUUCUAUUUGAGCUGUUCUUGCCAUAAUAUGGACUUGGUCUUUUACCAAAUAAGGCUAUCUUCUGUAUACCACCCCUACCUUGUCACAACACAACUGGAUGGCUCAAAUGCAUUAAGAACGAAAGAAAUUCCACAAAUUAACUUUUAACAAGGCACACCUGUAAAUUGAAAUGCAUUCCAGGUGACUACCUCAUGCAGCUAGUUGAGAGAAUGCCAAGCAUGUGCAUAGCUGUCAUCAAGGCAAAGGGUGGCUACUUUGAAGAAUUUCUAAUAUAAAAUAUAUUUUGAUUUGUUUAACACCUUUUUGGUUGCUACAUGAUUCCAUAUUUAAUUGUUUUGAUGUCUUCACUAUUAUUCUACAAUGUAGAAAAUAGUACAAAAAUUAAGAAAAACCCUUGAAUGAGUAGGUGCAUCCACAUUUUUGACUGGUACUGAAUAUGGGCCUAAUGUUACAAUACAAAUGAUUACACUGUAAAAGAGAAUGUACAAUUGUUCUACAUGUCUGUGCAGAAGUGUUCCAUCUACAAACGUGAUUUCAAUCCCCAAGCAUUGACACUGCCAAUUUUCAUUUGUUUGGGUUUUCAAGCGCCUUUACUAUGAAUAAAUGUUAAG